AUGGACCAAGAUUUCAAGUGUCGAUAUGAAGGACAUGAAAAUGAGCCAAUAAUGGGAUUUUGUAUAAAAAAAAAUUGUUCCAUGAUUACCUAAUUCUGUUUAACAUGUUUACUCAAGCAUCAUUAAGAUCAUUUGGAUGAUUGCAUAAGAUUCAAUUCAUUAUCUGCUUUAAUUAAUAAAUACAUUAAAACUCAAUUUGAAUUAAUAGCAAAUUAUAAAGACAUUCAGAGCUAAUUGUAACAAAUAUUUGAAAAAUUUAAUAAAAAGUUGGAAUCAGAUAUCACAGUUUUAAAAGAACUGGAUCAAUAGCUAAAAAACCAAUCGUAUAUGUAUUUAAAACAAAAAAUUCCUUUACUUAAAGAAUAUUAUUCUAAUGAGAGAUAAAAUCCAGAAAGUAAAUAAUUAUAUUCCUAAUUAGGAUUAUUCUUAGAAGAAUAGAAAAAGAUGAUUGAAGCUUUUAUGGAUAUAAUAAAAGAAAGAGAAAAACCAUAAUAGUAACAGCAACAAGAAAUUGAAGAUGUUGAAUAAUAAAUAUAAUAUUAAGUUUAUUAAAAAUAGUUAUUUGAAGAAGGUAACAAAUAAGAAGCUCUGAGAUUUUAUCAAAAAGGUAAUAUGGAAUAAGAAAUGCAUAGGGAUUUAUUUAUAUAAUAUUGGUAAAUAUGAGGAAGCAUUAAAUUUGUUUGAAUAAUCAAUAAAAUGUGAUAAUAGAUUGGAUUAAGUGUAUAAUUUAAAGGGUAAAUAAUUGUAAGAUUUUCUUUAGGCAAGACGUUAAGGAGGUUGAAUCGCUAUUAAGAUGCUAUUGAAUUUUAUGAUCAAGCAAUUAUUAUCAAUUCGAAAUAUAGUGAGGCUUUUAAUAACAAAGGUAAAAGAAUUCUUAAAUAUUUAUUUAAUUUAGGGAUUGCAUUAGAGAAGUUGAAUCGUUAUUAAGAUGCCAUUGAAUGUUAUGAUCAAGCAAUUAUGAUCAAUCCGAAAUAUAGUGAAGCAUUUUAUAACAAAGGUAAAUGAGUUGUUAUUUUUAUGAACUUAGGGAUUGUAUUAUAUAAGCUAAACUCUUAUUAAGAUGCUAUUGAAUGUUAUGAUCAAGCAAUUAAAAUUAACCCUAAAGAUAGUGAGGCAUUCAAUAAUAAAGGUAGUUAUUUUAUAUAAUUUAUUUAGGAAUUAUUUUAUAUAAGUUGAAUUGUUUUCAAGAGGCUAAUGAAUGUUAUGAUCAAGCAAUUAAAAUAAAUCCAAAAGAUGGUGAGGCAUUUAAUAACAAAGGUAGUUUCUUUAUAUUUAUUAUACCUUAGGAAAUGCAUUAAGGUAGUUGAAUCGUUAUGAAGAUGCCAUAAAAUGCUAUGAUUAAGCUUUGUUAAUUUAAUAAAAACCUUUAUACAUGAAGAAUAAAGGUAAAAUGCAUUGUUAUUUUAAUAGCUGAUGCAUUAUUUUCAUUAGGAAAUAAACAAGAAUCAAAGAAGUGGGACAUCAAUGCCUAAAAUUCAGAGUAUAAAAAUGAAAAAAUACAAAAUUGA